AUGCAAUCCUGGGCCAAGACUACAAAGGUGGCGGACAGUCUGUCAACAGUCGUUGGCAGCGCCCCUUCAACUCGACCGGCAAGGGUCGAGGCUACUUCGCUGGUGAGGACAACGCACACUCCAAAGCCUUCAACAACUGGUUCUGGCAAGCGUCAAGCAGUUGAGAGUGUUGCCACACUUGCAGAUGAGCAGUCCAUGGUCAUCUUUGAGGAUUCCUAUGGACGUGAACGACCUGACUGUGCCAUGCUAGACCCUGGAGCAUCGAGCUUCCUCAUGAACAGUGGACCUCUCAUCCGGUAUGUGCACCACCUGAAGCAGCUCGGCUUCGACACCAAUGACCUCCAGUUGAACCGCUGUGAACGGACUUUCCACUUUGGAGGAGACCACCAAAAGGUCAGCACAUGGACCUGCAAGCUUCCGUUCUACAUCAACAACACCUAUGGAGUGGUGCAAGGAUUUGUUCUGAAGGGUGAAACGCCCAUGUUGAUCGGACGACCUGUCAUCCAAGCUCUGGAGAUGACGAUUGACUUCUCGCAGCAGCGUCUGAAGUUUGGUGAUCACCCGUGGCAACAAGCUGUUCUUGGCAAGCACGAGGAAUACCUCCUGGCUCUCACGGACACCUUCGACAGCGAUCAGUUGUCAAUGGAGCCAAGCUUCGACCUACAGCUUGAAGAAACUCUUGGCGAUCCCGGCACCUUCGACGACUUUCUCACUGAAGAGCACAUCUACCAGGUCGAAGAAUCCAUUGAGGACCAAGGGUCUCCAAUGCCAAUGAAGCGCUGGAAAACGCUGAUUUCCAACUCACAGACUCAGCUGAACCGACUUCAUGCCUAUGUGGACAAUGUGAUUCGUGAAGAAGGCCAUCCACCACCUCGAGUUCUUUGGGAAGUCUAUGCUGGCAAAAGCAGACUCUCGCAACUGGCCGAAGCAUUGGGCAUGAAGGUCGAAGUCUUCUCCUUCGCCACUGGUUGGAACUUCAGCUUGGCAAGCCACCGUGCAUUGUUCACGCAGCGCCUCCAAGAAGAAGAACCUGAUGAGCUGUUCUUGUCUCCAUCAUGUGGUCCAUGGAGCAAGAUGCAAAACAUCUCAGCCACUACUGAGCAGAGAAAAGAAGCGCUGUACACUCUUCGUGAAUGGCACCAUCGUGUACACCUUGGCUUUUGCAAACAAGCAUACUUGCAGCAAGUUCAACAUGGACGCCAUGCACAUCUUGAACAACCAACUCAAGCACUCUCAUGGAGCACCAACGCCUUGAAGCACCUUCCAGGUCACAAUGCUCGUUUUCAUCAAUGUCGCUAUGGUUGCGUUUGCUGUGAUACUGAUGGAGUUUGGCGGCCCGCCAAGAAGGACGCAACCAUUCGCACCACGAAACGAGCUGUGGCUGAAAGCAUGAACCUCCUAUGUGACCAUAGUCAUGAACACUGUCGCCUUGAAGGACACAUCCCAGGCAUUGGCAAGAGAACCUCCUACAUGGAAGAUUACCAACCUGCCUUUGCAGCUGUUCUGGGCACUGCAAUCAGUGCAUGUGAACGACCUCAAGCUUGGGAUGGCGCUUUCGCCGUCCAAGAGAUGCAGUCAUACCUGGGCAAACUGGUCGAUCUUCAUGCUGAAGGAAAACAAGAAGCUUUGAGAGUGGUCCAAAAGCUGCACAGAAAUCUUGGGCAUCCAUCCGCCCAGUCCUUGGUCGAUCUUCUCACGGCCCGUGGAGCGAGUGCUACAGUCCUCUCCGUUGCUGAGAACUACUUGUGUUCUUCGUGCUUGCGCUACAAGAAGCCAAAUCAAGCAGCACCUGCAUCGAUCAAGGAGGCACAGCACUUCAACCAGGUCGCGCAGAGCGACGUUUUCUGGAUCAAGCUGGGUAAGAAGAAGAUGCCUAUCCUGGCCAUCCUUGAUGUUGCUACUCGAUUUCAAGCAGCAGCCUUGUUGGACAGUGAACGCACUCAGGACUACAUCAAGGCCCUUGAACGACAUUGGGUAGCACACUUUGGUGUUCCUCAGCAGCUCAUCACUGAUGAAGGUCGUGGUUGGCUCAGCGAUGAGUUUGGGCAAUGGACUGAUGAGCAUAGCAUCCUUCACAACGUGGCACCUGGCGAAGCGCAUGAGCGCCUUGGACAUGUUGAAAGACGCCACUCCGUUUUGAGAAAAGCCCUCGAGGUCUACAUGCAUGAUUUGAGCCUCGAAGAUCGUGAUGGCGUCAAACAAGCCCUGGCCUAUGUUUUGCCUCAGCUCAAUGCUCAGCCGACCGUGUCUGGCUACUCUCCAACGCAGUGGGUACUUGGCUAUCAGCCUGCGCAACCCGGACUGCUCUCCUCAGCUGACUGUGCACUGAAGACCUCCGAUGACUUUGAAGAACAUCUACAUCGACGCAACAUGGCAAAGACCGCCAUCAUCCAGGCGGACACCGAUCGUCGUUUGAGACGUGCACUGUUGAGGAGGUAUGCAGGAACAAACCAACGUCUUCUACCUGGACAGAUCUGCCACUACUGGAGAGACGCUCAACAAAACGAUCUGUGUAAGAUCAGGUGGCGUGAGUUCAACCACCUCGAGAACACGGCAGUUGAGAACCUUGCAGAUGCAAAUCGUGUUCUUCAAUCCUUGAAGUCUCGUGGAGUCACCCGCUUCAUCGACUUGGACAAGGUCAACCGCCAGAAUCUCCUCGACGUUGAUGAACAUGAAGAAGACCUUGAUGAGCCUGACUCCAAAAGACGUCGGCUUGAUGAACUACCGCAGGAGAUUGAGGACUACACUCCGUCCAUUCCAGAUGAAGACUUUCAUAUGACUCCUGUGGAACCAGCGAGUGCUCCUGAUCUACCUGGACCUCCUGCAGAACAUGAAGACCCAGAGCCUCCGGCAACAGAACCUUCUGGACCUCCCGCUGCAUUUCAGAAGCCCGAGAAACCAGAGACCUUCCAGCAGCAGCGCAUGCGUCUUGAUCGACAGGAAACUAUGUCCUUUGGUCCACAACGAACAGCACGUGCUUCAAUGACUCCCUACAUGAAGCCACCUCAGCCAGAGAAUGCCGAGACAGUCUUUGAAGUUGAGGAUCUUGAUGCAGAUUCCCUUCCACCUGGAUGGAUCUUUCAGAAGGACACCAAAACCUUGGAACUGAAGAGCUCCUUGAAAGACUUCUGGGAAAUCAAAGGUGGCUGUCUCAUUCGUCACCACGUGAAUCCACGAUCCAAGCUCUUCGACAUCCGAGACCGUCGAGACCUACCAGUUCCUGUAGAAGACCUCGAUGAUGUGCAAGUGACGGUCUACCGGGAGCCAGGAUCCAAUCCUCACUCGGUGACGAACCACUUCAAAACCGAGAGCAUCUUCAAAAGCACCAAGAACUCCAAGAACGCUGCACCUGUUCCAAAGAAAUGGAUUGGUCAGACCAUCUUUCAAAUCACUGCCGCGAAACGACAAGAGUGGGGCAUGACUUCAUCAUCUACAACCACAUCAGCGACAUCUAUGCGCUUUGUGAGAAAGGCAGCCCAAGCAGCUAAGACUCAUCACAUCCGGCAGGUGAAGAAAGAUAAAGGCCGACUCAAGGAGAUCUUCGACUUUCGAACCUGGCAAGAAGACUCUGAAACCAUGGAGUACUGCGGAGUGACCCACAAUCGCUCCGACUUUGCCUGGUCCCUCUCUCAGAAGAACUUCAUCCAGAAAGUCAAACCGGUGACCAUACACCGAGGUCGUGGACCAGAAGAUGAAAUGAAUGAACAUGAUCGAUCACAACUUCGUGCAUUGUUGGGAAGCCUUCAGUGGCCAGCUGUUCAAUCGCAACCACACCUCCAAUGCAGUGCGGGCCUCAUCAGUGGACAGCAGAAGACCAACAAGCUGAGAGCCAUUGUCGAAGGGAACUCUCUACUUCGCUUUGCAACGGAGAAUAGCGACAUCACCUUGCGCUAUGAGCCCUUCGAGUCCAUUCACUCUUGGCAAGACCUCAGCAAGGUCAAAGCUGUGUUGGCUGGUAACAACUUCAUCCAGGCCUUGGACGUUGACGCGUGCCCUGUUGAGCAAGAGUAUUUUUGGUCGCCUUUGACUGUACUCUGCACGCUCCCCAUGCUCUUCUCAGCGAUUCUGAGCUUUGCCACCUACAAGUUUGUCAGGUUCCUCGAGCGCCGCCAUUGGCGCAACUUGGUCAACACCCCAAUCCGGGUGACGACAGGUCGACAUGAGAGGCAUGAGCAGGCCCUGAAGGACCAGCUGAGAGAUCUUCAUCUCCAACAUGUGGAGAAGGUUUGUGAGCUCGAAGAGCGCCUUGCAGAGCUGACCGCGCGCAACCAGUUUUUGCGCACGGAGAACGAUGCUGUGUUGGCAGAAAACCAUGCCGACCAAGAUGAACUAGCAGAACUCAACGACCGGCACCGUCGCAGCUGUGCGCUCUUCACCAGAGCUUUCCGAGAGAUCCAAGGGCACCUUGAAGACUGCCCGCUUGAGCAUGGAGUGGUGACCACACCUUUUGGAGCCGCCUGGCAUGCUGAAGAGACAUGCGCUCAGACGCCUUUUGUUACAAAUUCUGUGAGCGGCACCACCUUGCACGAAGAUUUUCAAGAGUUUGUGAGAGAAGAAG